UCUCUCUCCCGCUCAAGCUCAUCUUCUCACCAUUACCAUAAUAAAAAGGGUAGUUCCGCUGUCCAUUUUCUCUCACCAUAUCCACUAGUAGCAGAAACGAAACCAUAGGAUUUCUCUGUUUUCUUUGUUUACAUACGCGAAAAGAGAGGCAUAGCAAUAUGGUGACCUUGAUGUCUCAAGAAAACAUGGUUGCUUUGGUUUCUCGCACCGGAAGGCAUUUGCAACGGUACAGCAAGGGUCGUCGCCAAGUUGUAGGAUGUAUACCUUACAGAUACAAGAAUGCAAAGCAGACUUCCUUGGUAGAGGCAGGAGAAUUAGAAGUUCUUGUCAUCAGUUCACAGAAAGGCAAAGGGAUGUUGUUUCCAAAGGGAGGUUGGGAAAAAGAUGAAUCCAUAAAGGAGGCGGCUUUACGAGAGACCCUAGAGGAAGCAGGGGUACGAGGCGUUGUUCAGCGUGAAUUGGGAAAGUGGAAUUUCAAGAGCAAAACCCAUGAUACUUAUUAUGAAGGAUACAUGUUCCCAUUGCUUGUGGAAGAGCAGUUAGAUUUCUGGCCAGAGAAGGACGUGCGUCAAAGAAAAUGGAUGACUGUGCAAGAAGCAAGAGAAGUUUGUCAAUAUUUGUGGAUGAAGGAAGCUCUAGAUAAACUUGUAAAUCGGCUGACGACUCAACAACAUGUUGAUGAGGAACAAGUAGGACCGUGUUUGGUAUGCUAGGAGGAUGGCAUAUCUGACUUGUAAAUAGGGAAAUGUUGCAGCGCACUGCAAUGCUACUUUAAGACCAGAUAAGGUGAACCGAGGAAAAGUUGGAUCCAAACAGACAAGAAAGAUCGACGACUUUGGAAAAGUGAUAAUAGAAGUUGGCAUUCUGGUUCUUCUUGUUUUUGUCUGUUGGAAUUCUAUGACCCAGAAUCAUAGGAAACAGUCCGACAUUAGAUGAGGAUUAGAAACAUGUUCACAAGAAUUUCAAACAUGGUUUCUAAUUAUAUAAAAAUGUUUUGUUUCAGAAUUCAUCUUUGUGCAUAUCUUAUAUAUUAGGAUCAUGGCGCUCUCUGUAUGUCAACAUCGACCUGAAAGCUUCCAUGUAAUUUGAUAUGCAUCUGUAUAUACACUUUAAAAUGCUAUAUUAUAUGAUCACAUGCCCCGAAGACUUUAGCAAUA